GUUUAUUCACUGAUUGUAAGUAUCGUGGAUUCGGGGAUUCUCGUUUUCUCAUCAUAUAAACUGGUUUCAAUUUAUGAUCAAAAAUAUUUCUUCUAGUAGUUAAGAAUACGUUCAUAAGAAUAACUUUAGUGAAGUGACAAUUUCUAAUAGGUUUAUCAAAAAUAAACAAGGAUUUGCUUAUUAUUUGUUCAAAAUACUAGUAGAAGGCAUUCCAACACUUCCUAUGAUGAUCCUUUAUAUAUUGAUGAUAGUUUAUUUAUCAAAUGAAGUCGCGGCCCAAGUAGAUUUUGAUUCACCAUGUUCAGAUAUAUUUCAUUAUGAAAAUCAAACAGAAUCGAAUAGAUGGUUUGGAGUUAUAUCGAUUAGAACUCUUGAAGACCUCACAGGAGUUUGGAUUACAGUUAUAUUAGAUCGUAGAGCGGAAUUAUUGGGGAACUGGUUUGGCGAAUCAUUCACCACAGAUAACAAGGAGUUCCGUAUUACUAAUCCUAAUUAUGUCCUUGAAGCAGGUCCGCCGGUAUCUGUAAGAUUUUUCGUACAAUACUCUCUAACAGAUAGAACAAUCCCUAAAUUGGAAACUAUAAGACUGAAUGGCAAAACUAUUUGUAGCCGAAAUAGUACUGAACAUAAAAACGUUCCCACCUUGCAUUUAAGUAAACCUACCCCUACUGCAAUCCAUACAUCCAAUGGGGGUAAUAGGGAAUAUUAUACCUCAAGUACUGAUAAAGUUUAUGUUUCAACAGAGAGUACUUCAUUCUCGGGAACUAGAAGGCCUUCCGUCAAUUCAAAUGAUGAUAAUUAUAACGCCAUUACGAAACCUCAAAUAACUGGAACAGGAGCGAAUAUCGACAGGAACGAUUAUAAUAGGAAACCUCAGACUCAAAAAACAGGUGCUAAUAUUCGUGAUUCAAACAGAAAUACAAAUUCUGAUAAUUCUAAAUCAAAUCAACUAUCUACUAAGGAUGACAAUAGAGGUCACUCUAAAAAAGAAACAGAUACAAACCGUAUAAGUCAUGUUCCGUUAAAUGCAGAAGAUGAUUUUUUCCAGGGAGAUUUUCAUGUCCCCAAUGAUUCAGAUAUACAGCGGUAUAAUAACAGCAAAAAACAACAACAUCAACUUGGUGUAAGUUGUGGUAGUGUAGUUGCAAGACCGAAACCGCUCAUUUCAUUUGGCCAAGAUACAACACCAGGAGAAUGGCCAUGGCAUGCUGCCAUAUACCGUACCAAAGGAAUUCAACUAAUUUAUAUAUGCGGAGGAACGGUUAUAUCUGAAAAUCACAUUUUAACUGCGGCACAUUGUGUUACAAAAGCUCGUAGCAAAACAAGUGUUGAUCCUCAAAGUUUAUUAGUGUAUUUAGGAAAAUAUAACUUGAAAUCUUUUGGUGCCGAAACACAAGACAGAGAUGUGGAAAAUAUUCGAAUACAUCCUGAUUUCAAUUCAUCUACUUUCUACAAUGAUAUUGCUAUUCUCAAACUAUCCAGACCAAUUGAGAUAACAGACUUUGUUAGACCUGUCUGUCUAUGGGAAGGUGAUACUAAUUUGGAAUAUUUGACAAAUAAAGAAGGAACAGUAAUAGGAUGGGGAUUCAAUGAAAAAAGAGCUCUCUCAGAAAAAUUAAUGCAAGCAAAAAUGCCCAUAGUUUCGACAAUUAAGUGUAUAUAUUCAAACAGAGAAUUUUUUUCACGUUUCACCUUUGAGAAGAAUUAUUGUGCUGGUUUUAGAAAUGGUACUUCGGUGUGCAAUGGUGACUCAGGAGGAUCAAUGGUAUUUCCAAAAAGAGGAACUAGUGGUCAAAAUACUAUUUGGCAGAUUAGAGGAUUAGUGUCUGUGGGUGUAGCAUUACAAACCGAAGGAGUAUGCGAUACGUCACAAUAUAUCAUCUUUACAGAUGUUGCUAAACACUUGUCAUGGAUACGACAGAUUAUGAAUUCUAAUAAUAAAUGAUAAUAAAUAGUGUUUUAACUUUUGUGAUAAUUUUUCAAUGACUUUCUAUAUUCUUCAACUCAAUUUAUAUAGCUCCUCUAUUUGGAACACUGAUUUAAUGAUAAAAUUUGCUUUUCUCACUUCGUUUUAAGAAUGUGAGCAACCGUAUUUGGGGUAUAAAAUAGCAAACAAGAAGAAUUUUAAUAUCGACAAGUUUUAAAAUAAUUAUUGUUGAAAUAUAGAUACUAGAUACUUAAUAGUCGUUAAAUUAACUAAUCAAGACCCAAACUAUCUAUUAUCAAUGUACAUUAUAGGAUAUUUCUAUAAUAUUCUAGCAGACUUAAGGAAACUAUUGAAUUCUUAUAUCUUUUGACAGUUAGGAUAACAGUUGUAUCUGAUGUACCACAUAACCUAAUUCUAGCUGUUUUUCAAUAUUCAACCUCACUUUUACAAUAUCGCCAUAAACUCUUUUGACCUGUAUGUUUACCUAAACUUUCUGUUAUUAAUGUACUUUGUAGGACUGUAGACUAAUAUAUACUGGAAAAAGGAAUUUGGACCAUUCAAGAAUAAAGUGAUACAGUUGAAAUUUAAGAUAGGGAGAACUGCUUGUAAUUGAAAUUGUUUCAUUUGCCUCUUCCUUUACCGUUACCAUUACUCGAAACUUUAAAGUAAUGACAAUCCAAUCAGAAUAAAGCAGAGAGGUAGAGAGUGGUAUUCCGAUGUUUAUUCUUUCUUUAUCAACAGUUCGCGCGUAUUUGAAAAACAUAUACCUCUCUCAAUAUAUUCAAUAUUAAAUAUAUAAAACUGACUUGA